CCCCAUUCCAUCGUUAAAGAAAACUAUGGUUGCCAUGGGCAGCAGAGGUGGACUACCUCGCUGGUUGCCUUCGCAGCCUUGGUAUGUAGUAGUUGGAGCUCUGCUGGCUUGCCAUUGUGCGGUCACUUUUUGUCAGUCUCUGACACCUACGAAGCCCCAGUCUUCCGUCGCUCGGAAUGCAGUGCACAACUUCAAGCGUCUCAGAACGUUGAAGAAAAUCCGUCCGGGACCUGUUCCGGCUGAGCGUGCAUGGCUUCCUUGGACACCAGGUGAAGAGGCACGUGAGCCCACUCCCGAGGAGUUGGCGAGGGAAGAAUACUUGGAGAGGAUGCUCCAAUGUGAAGAGGUCUCCUGCUCCCGGGAACUGCUAGAGGAGAUGCAGGCCAAAGAUUUGCCUCCAGCCUUGGAGAACUACCAUGCUGCACUAUUGGUGUGUGCCAACGUCACUGCAUGGCAAGAGGCCAAGGAUUUCCUCCAGGAGAUGACGCACGAACGCGUCCCACCCGAUCACACUGCAUACCAUCUCGCAAUGGACGCUGCUGGCAAAGGAUCAGGAGCUCCGAUUGAGUUCACUGAACAGCUUUUCAACGAGAUGCAAUCUCGGGCAAUGGUCCCCACUCCAGAGACCUACACAAAGGUCAUCCAUGCCUACAUCAGUCGGGGCAAUGAGAAGUUUGCGCGGCGUUUUGUUCGUGAGGCGUUCCAACGAGGAUUGCUGCAGAUUUGGACCAACGGCGGAGUAUUUUUGCAGCUUUACGACUUCCCCACAGACGUGGCUCUGUUCCUUUUGCGGCUCGCAAUCAUCGACCGCGCUAGAGAGCUGGUCGGCCGGAAAGCCGGGAAGAGGACCAUACAUGUCUUGACCAGAGAGCCUGACAUGCCGAGAAACACGCCGGGCAUGGGCCUGAGCGAGUCUGCGGUGAAGCAGGUCCUGGAGGAGUUUGGCAUUAAGGAUCUGCCCAGGGGGCUGGUGCACGCGCUUCCUUUACGCACAUUGCAUGGGUUUGAAUUUCUGAAUAUAUGUGAAACAUGUUGGAGGUGAGGAAUCAAUGUCGACAUUGACCUUGCUAUUUGAGAGGAGUCUACUACAGUCUUGCUUCCUUUGGCAAACCAACCAUCGAGAUCAGUAAGAGCUUGUUCCACAUCAUCGAACUGGCUGAAGCUAGUGCAAGGGAUCCUUGAUUGAAGUUCGUGGUGUGAUGCCAAACCAGCUAGACAUUCUUUAAUACAUACUGGUAGACCUAAAGGUGAAGCGCGGAUCACAUUUCAGCGUUGCACGCCCGGCAGAUUUCACCGCGACAGUCAUCUCAAAGUGCUCCAAAGCUGAUGCAGUCAUAACUAAUGCGUUGUAGUAAUAUAUUGUUUUCUCUAUGUGUUUCAAUCGCACCACAAAACGACCAGUAGAAUUGCCAGGGUAAAGUGGAGCCUUCAGACUUCGGGCGCAUCCGCAUCCGCGGGGAAGAGCUCGAACGUUUUGGCUGCGAGCGGAAGGGAUUGCAAAUGAGGAAGACAGCCAAGACGAGAACAAAGGUGCGUGCUCGCUGAGAGAGGGAACCUGUCCCUCUCACCUUUGUGAGGAAAAAGCAUUGCUUCUUGGUGCCACACUAUGAAAUCUUGAUUUGGACCACAUUGCAAAGCUAUGCAAGAAUUCACAUUUUGGUUGGACAAAAGUAGAGUCGGUUCUUGCAGUUUGUGCAAUCAAAGAUGCGACAGUAUAAAACACAUGCAGAAGCAUCCAGACUCCGAACACAUCGGACAAAUCACCAACAACUGGGAGCAAGGAUGCGGCGACGGGGAAUGAUCCUAGACCCUAAGCUAUGGGCACAGUAUUUUUUUUUUAGCCUCUUUUCUGCGCCUCAGGUGGAUCACGCUGGUUCUCUGACAAGACACCAGUGUCGUUUGAAUCAGAGCAAGCCCGCCCUUUGCUUUUUGUUGGGUACACAUGUUGCACAGCAAUCCAAUGCAUGCGUCAAAGCUUGCAAUUUUUUUCCUCGUUGUGGCUAAGUGGGCCUGCAGGGAAAGGCCAAGACUCUGAGCACACAGUCGAGGUCAUAGUCAGUUGACCUGACAAGCAGCUCAUGAGCUCAGCUCUACUUAGCCGACUUGCCUUUUUAAUUUAUGAUUCCAAACCGCAUCAAGUCGCUCAGGCUUUGCUGAUCCAAUACUGUAUUUUGCUUGCUUCAGCUCCGAGAAGGAACACCAUCUUCGAACAAGAUCGUUCGUCAGUCUUUCGGACACAUGUCUAGGAAUGUCUAGGUCUAGGCCACGCACCUGCCAGCACUAUUCCCUGCAUGGAGCCUAGCUUCGGUUCCUUGUAGAGAGAGCAGGAGGCUUAUCUUCA